AUGACUCGAACGUUCAUCCGAUGGGACGACCCCAACGUAGAAAAGGGCGCAGGUCCAGAAGAGGACCAGCUGAUCCACGAGGUCGAGAAGCAGAUCAACACGGCCCAAACCGCCGUUUGGGAGUGUCACCGUCACGCCUUCUCCGGCACACAUGUCAAGACGCAAGGCAUUGUCAAAGGCACCAUGUCGGUCCUCGAGGGUCUUGACUCGCACCUCUACCAAGGGCUGUUCAAGCAACCCGGGUCCACAUUCCCCGUUGCCAUGCGCUACUCGACGGAGACCACAGAUCUGAUCGACGACCGCAUCCCGCAACCCCGCGGUGUAGGUCUCAAGGUGUUCGGCGCAAAAGGUCCCAAGCUGCGCAAGGACAUGAAGGAUCCAGAGACGCAGGACUUUGAGUUCAACUCGUGCGCCUUCCUCGAGCUGGGCAACGCACGAACGUGUCGCGAUAUCAUCGCUCUGCGUCUUCUCCACGGAGCCGACGGCAAGGGCCUCGAUGCCGACCUCCGCAAGCGCGACGACUUCAAGAUCCAGAACGCUCGAAACGUCGCUCCAAACGUCCACCUUGCCGCCCAGAGGCAGUACAGCCAGGCGGCGAUUCGGUACGGGGACCACGUGGUCAAGUACCGCAUCCUCCCCACCUCCGAUGCGCAGAAGGCGCUCGCGGACAAGACGGUCGGCGAGAACGAUAAGGGCACCACCGUCCACCGCGAUUGGCUGCAGGAGUACUUCAAGAGCAACGACGCAACGUACGACUUCCAGGUGCAGUUCCUCGAGAACCUCGACGAGCAACCGGUCGAAGACGUGCGUGUGGAGUGGGACCAGCAGAAGUACCCCUAUGUAACCGUGGCUAGAAUCACAUUGCCAGCGCAGGAGUCGUUCCCGCCGAAGAGGGUGAGCUUCUGGGAGGAUCACAAUCGGCUCGAUGUGUGGCAUGGGUUGGUCGAGCACAAGCCGCUGGGUUCUAUCAAUCGCCUCAGGAAAGGCGUCUACAAGGCCUCGGCUAGCUUCCGACGUAGGAUGAACGCUCGCGAGGAGAUCACCGUCGAUGACAUCUCGCAAAUCCCUGACUAG